CAUAUUACCCCUCCUCCCACAGAUUUUGGAUAUCACCUUACACCAUGAGAUAACUUUAUUAGAGAUUACUCUAAUAUUACAUAUUGGACCCAUGACACUCAAUAUUGGGAUACAAUAAAUAUGAAUACUCUACCUACACUCGAUAAUCAGAUCCCAUGGACUACCACACGUUGCAAUCGAUUAUUACGCCCAAUCGCUUCUCGCCUUGCCGUCUUGCGCAAGCACACGCUCGAUCGGAGGUCACUACUAUUGAAGAAUUCCAAUAGCGAACUUGAUGGCCGAACGAAACCGAUCGUACAAGCUGAAAAUAGGGUAAACAUAUCCCAGGGGUCCAAGGAUGUACGGCCACGCGGGUUUGACAAGGCCCAGGAUCCAGAUUGGAUGCCAAAGCCUAAGCAGGUUGGAAUCGCCAGACGCAUGUACAAAGGGAAGGCCUCGAAACUAAAAGUGGUGGCGGAGUCUACCCCAGGCUGUGGUACAUUGGCUCGCCCUGGAGAUGUCUACCUGCCAACGCCAUAUAUUGCUCGAAGUCUAAAAAAGCUGGAGGACAGUCCGCAUAUACAGCCUUCACCCUUGCAGCCCACCAGGAAAGCAAAGCUAAAGGUGAUUAAACCCAAGGAGGACCUUCAAGUGUUGAAGAAGCAAAUGACUGCGGAUAUGUGGAAACAGAUUGAUGGCCUUUACGAUGGAUUGUCAAACCUUCUCCAAGCUACCAAAUCGGAUACAGACAAGAGCCGAAAAGGAACCAGGUCGCUUUUUUCAAUGUGUUUGCGGCAAGUACCUGCAUAUAUUCGUCUAGAGGAACACUUCCUCGAGGAGGAUGGCGAUGAUAACGACACGGAUGUAGCCAACGAGAUCUAUUCCUACCUGGAGGACCAUGGAGCAGUCGAAGACGGAAUUGGUUGGAAACCACUCAGAGAGGUUGUAAAAGCCCAUGCGGUAUCACUGCUGCAGGAGGCCAUUGAAGACAGGAUAUUGGUCCCGGGUGUCAUUCUUGGGCUUUAUCGGCUCUGCAUGAAUGCCUCUGCCUGGAACGAAGCAGAACAAAUUCUGUCCAGCUAUGUCCUUUCCCAAGGAUUCAUAGACCCUCCGAAAGACCUACAUUAUAAUAUUUUCGGCAUGGACUACUCACCUUGCUGGUCGAUGAUCAACGAAUUUGUCACGCGAACCCAACGAUAUCAAUUCCUCUUCGAGCAACUAAGAUUGGCGCUCUCGCAUGACCUUUUGCCGGUGGAGUGGCUUGCGACCCGGGGUAUGCAUCCCGUGUGGACUAGAGUUGUCCGUGUGUUGUCCGACGAGCACCAUCACACAUAUGCUAGCGCUUUUGGGCUCUUGGAGAGUGCAGUAAUUGCUGGACUGGGGAUGAACGAUGCAUACUUUCUCAACGCGGACGGUCUGGCAAGCUCAGACGACCAGUACUAUGGAAGCGGAGCUUCGCCUAAGGCCGAUAUACGUGAUGCGUUAAGCAAUACGUUUUCGAGCUUGUUUACGCUGCUGUCGAGUAUUGCAUCGGUAUCACACCAACGGUCGGAAGGUAUCGACAAGGACACAGUCCGAUCUAUUGCCUGGGCUCUACUUGGAAUCACGACAUCAAUAGUAGACAGAGUCAACAUUGGUACAGAACAUUACUCCGAAAUCGACGCAAUCUAUACUCAGCGCGCGUUAUAUGCCAUGGCAGCGCCAUUUCUUCUCCUUAUUGAGGGAAUUACCCUGGGAUCCGCCUCCAUCGAUAUCAACAUGGAUAAGCACAUCACUGUCCUCGACAGAUUGUCCACUGCUAUUUCUCGGAGCGAUUCCAAUGCCGAAACGGACAUCGAAACUCUCCCACAAUUAGUAUGUUCCUCAGCUCGUUGCUUUGGCCGGGCUUCGCAGGAUGACGGCUUUGAUCAUCUGCGAAGACUCGUCCGGUGCUUGGCCGAUCCCCACCGGCAAAUAUCAACACAGUCCCAAUGGUUCAUGAAGAGGGUUGCGCUUGCAGCUUCAAUGAAAUUUGCAGUGGACACUAGGAAGAGCGCGCAUGCAGCUUUUUCCAACGAGAUUGAAAGGACCGUACAAAACACUGGACCUUUGCUUUUAGAACAAACCCCGGCAAGAAAACUUUUAUCAUCUUCGCCGACAGUACGGAAAGGGUUUCGCUGGGAGGAAGGUAUAUGCGAAUGGGUUGCCUGUACGCCAUUCGCAAGGCCACAGAUCCAGCAAGUCAUACGACCAGCUAUGCAAAGUUCUACGUUCCCUCCAACGCCGACGGACUCGGAAUCUGAGCCAGAUACGCCGUUGUCUAAUGGAAGUAUUAAUGCCAUCGAUACUACGCCCCUUUCUGCGGCCCCUACAUUGCCGUCGCGCAUGUCUCCCAGCGUUACGCCGUCACAUGCUUAUUCACCGAAGAUAUCAUUAAUAAGCGACAUCGAGGCGAAAGGUGACGGCCCUCCAAGCCCUUCUAAGAAGAGGAAUUAUAGUCCAGACCUUCCGGUAUCGAAGCGACGAAGAACAGCUUCUUCCGAUCGAAUCGAACCCAUAGCUACAGAGUCGUCCUCUCCAGACUCAUACCCUCGUACGAAUCGCCUUGAUUUAGGAUCCCGUAGAACGAGUGAUCACUCUCUCAAUCGGAAGCGAAGGAGCUUGGGCGAGAUAGCUGACAUAGUCACCAAGUUGAAGACUGGGAAACUACUUGCGAAGCUCACUAACAAGGCAAAUCGCAAUGCUGAGCGGUUGCAUCAUUCUCGAGAACUGUCAUCAGAUCAAGACGAUGGGCGAAGCAAUAGCUACGUGCGCGCUGGUUGUCUAAAGUCAGCAGACAAGAGAGCGAAAACCCCCAGUCGUCCCGCCAGCAAUAUUACUCCAUUCGAACGCCCCCUUAGGACAAGUACGGGCGAUGUUGGAACAUUUGAGACGGAAGAUAGUGAGGAAGAUGAGUUAUCCUUCACCGAAACUCGGAUAUCCAACGCUGGUCAUGGGGUGAAAAAAGCUGUACUUAGGAGGGGCCUCAGGUGCACCGUUUCAGCGCGAAGUGCUAUGAAAAAAAGAGAGUUUAGAACCGGAAGAGGUGCUUGUUGGAGUGAUAGCGAGGAUGAGCUGAAUUUUAGAUAGUCAAGCUUCUUGGAUAGUCGAGUGUUUUGGAUGCUCGAGUGUGUUCUCACUGCCUCUCAAAUCAAAGAUCUUGAUCAUGACACUACCCACGUAUCUGUAAGGAUAUCUACAAGGAUAUCUACUGCUUUGCGUAGAAUUGUUUUAGCGUCUCACCACGGAUUCGCGUG